GUGAUAGAACAAAGAGAAAAUAGAAAAUAGAAAAUAACCCUUGACCCUCCUAAUUAUUUAUUAUUCCACCAAACAACAACUACUACUACUACUAUACACUUUCCUUUACUAUCAAAGAGGCAAAGGCACAAACCCACAAAACACUACACGUUGUUCGACCGACACUCUCAGAACAGAGAAGAAACUAGAGAGAGAAAGCAAAACACAUUCUAGUGAGAGAAAGCUCAAGUCUUUUGGCCAUGGAUUUUCAGAUCUAUGGCGUUAGCAAUCUCUUCAUCUUCACUGUUAUACUCCUUUUCUCCAUUGCAACUGCCACAUUGCAAGAAAACCCAACUGCAACAUUUGCAAAACCCACAACUUCGGCACCCCAAAUCAACUCAAAUUCCAUUCUUGUAGCUCUUUUGGAUUCUCACUACACUGAGCUUUCUGAGCUAGUUGAAAAAGCCCUUUUGCUUCAAACACUUGAAGAAGCUGUUUCUAAACACAACAUUACCAUUUUUGCCCCUAAAAAUGAGGCUCUUGAACGUGAUUUGGACCCUGAGUUCAAGCGUUUCUUGCUUGAACCUGGGAAUCUCAGGUCCUUACAAAAUUUGUUGCUGUUCCACAUGAUUCCCACUCGCAUUGUUUCCAACCAAUGGCCGGCGCGUGUGCACGCGACCUUGUAUCCUGGAGAUGAGAAUGUGAAUGUUGUGGAGAAGAACGGUGAGAAAAUGGUGAGCAGUGCUAUGAUUAUUAAGCAAGACGAUAUUAUCAAACCCGACGGUGUAAUUCAUGGGAUUGAGCGCGUGUUGAUACCCAAAUCGGUUCAGCAAGAUUUCAACACCCGAAGAAGUCUCCGGUCAAUCUCCGCCGUGCUGCCGGAAGGUGCACCGGAGGUUGACCCGAGAACUCACCGGUUGAAGAAACCAGCACCUGUGCCAGCUGGCACACCACCGGUGCUGCCAGUGUACGAUGCGCUAGCGCCCGGGCCAUCUCUGGCCCCGGCACCAGCUCCCGGUCCAGGUGGACCCCACCAUCACUUUGAUGGUGAAAGUCAAGUAAAAGAUUUUAUUCAAACACUCCUACAUUAUGGAGGUUACAAUGAAUUAGCAGACAUUCUUGUGAAUCUAACAUCAUUGGCUACAGAAAUGGGUAAAUUAGUAUCAGAAGGGUAUGUUUUAACUGUUCUGGCGCCCAAUGAUGAAGCGAUGGCUAAGCUGACGACUGAUCAGCUUAGCGAACCCGGGGCGCCAGAACAGAUAAUGUAUUACCAUAUAAUACCGGAGUACCAAACGGAGGAGAGUAUGUAUAAUGCAGUGAGGAGAUUUGGGAAAGUGAAGUAUGAUACAUUGAGGUUACCACAUAAAGUUGUGGCUGAAGAAGCUGAUGGAUCAGUGAAAUUUGGGGCAGGUGAAGAAGGGGCAUAUUUGUUUGAUCCUGAUAUUUAUACUGAUGGAAGGAUCUCUGUACAAGGGGUUGAUGGUGUUCUGUUUCCUAUUGAGGAAAUUAAGGUGGCUCCUGUAGCUGCCCCUGUUGCUAAAGUUGUUGCAAAGCCAAGAAGAGGAAAGUUGAUGGAAGUAGUAUGUGGUACAUUGGGGUCAUUUGCUUUUGCUAGUUGUCAUUAAAAUUUGUAUACUGAGGAACUUCUGAAGAUAAAGAAUUGAAAGAAGAAUGGUGAGUGUCUCAAAUAUGUGUAUGAAUUGUGAUUUAGUUAGUUUACUUAGAAAAAAAAAGGGGGAAAAAAAAAAAAAAAAAAAAAAAGCUUACCCCAAUUUUUUUCUUAAUAAAAUGGCAGUUUUUAGGAGGGCUUUGUUGAUGGUGAUCAUAAACAUAAAGGGAAGGAGAAGUGCUUGCAUUGGAAUAGAAUUUGGACCUAAUCUCCACCCCUCCUUCCUAAAAGAAAGAGAAGGGAGAAUAUCAUCUUUUGUUUUAUUUUUGUUAUAAAUACUGUAAUUACGUAUCAAUUUUUUCAUUUGUAUUUAAGUUUGUUCUGCCGACAGUGUUUGUAUCCAGAAAUGUACCCCAAAAAAGGAAAAAAAAUAAUAUUUUUGCAAGAGCAUCAUCUUUUUUGUACU